GUGUCCCACAUUUGAAUUUUAGUUAUUUUGCUUCGGGUAUGAAAUAGGAUUCUUCAACAGAAAAAAUGUAAGUCUCAAGUUACCUCGCCAUGAAAAAUGUUUACAGCUUGAAAUGUGAAGGCUGAACUUACUUCCGCUUUGCAAAUAUAUAGAUGGAGAGAAGUGAUUAACAAAAUGGAUGACAGUUCUUGUGAUUGUUCCUCGAGUUUUACAGAAGGAAUCGGGAUCGGGGUGGGUGUGGUCCUUGGACUAGACUUGAUUGUUUUCCUUCUGGUUUUGGGAAUCGUGUAUUAUAGAUCAAGUCAUCCGAGAACAUUAAACUUUGAGAAAGAUCGAGAAAGAAACUCUAGUCCAAAACUGAAAUUUGAUUCACUAGGGUUUACAAUUCUCGACAAGAAAAGUAAAAUGUCAGAGGAAGCUAUAAAUACAGACUCCGAAACCAGAGAGAACGCAGCUAUAAAGGACAGCGGAUAUUCAGAGUUUGCUCAUCCUGAGACGAACUCAAAGAAUGAACAUAAAACAUACCCGCAUUCAGCUCUUUCUGAACCCGACUCAAAGAAAAAACUUAGCACGCUGCCAUUGAGUGAUUAUGUUUCUCCAAGGUCUUCAAAAGAUCACGCCAUAAUGGGAGACCUGGGAGCUGGGAGCGGCUACUGAACUUUAUGCAUUUGCUCAUACCUUUUGAUAUUUGUAUAUUUGAAACAAGUUGUGUAAGUAUUCAUGAUAUCAUGUUUCUUUUGUCAAACUUAAACAUUUUAUUUUGAUUGAGUCUGAGUUUGACGGAACCAGUCCCAAUGUAUUUGUGACUUUUAAUGGAAACAAAUUUUGAACGAAUUAUCGCUGCUAGUAAAUGUGUGCAUUUUUGUUGUCAAUAAUAUUGUAUGCUAAACCUUGUAAAAUCAGUUUACAUAUAAAUGUUGUACACAUGAAAUAUACAUUGCUUCAUAUUGAUGACAUUGUAUUCUCGAGAAAAUACAUGUGUAUAUGAUAAUGAAAUAUUGUAGUAAAAAAAUAUUCAUUGACCUCCCUCAAUCCUUAGAGUAAUUAAACAUGUUACAUGUACAGCCAUCGAUGAUUCUUUAGAUGAUUAUUCAAAACCACGUUGCUGUGUAAAAUACAAAACUCCAACACAAAAUUGAA